AUGACAGCUCAACUAGAGAGGACAGCUCUACAUGAUAGGACAGCUCAACUUGAGAGGACAGCUCAACUUGAGAGGACAGCUCAACUAGAGGGGAAAGCUCAACUUGAGAGGACGGCCCAACUUGAGAGGACAGCACUACUUGAGAAGAAAGCACAACAUUCGAGGACAGCAAAGCUUGUGAAGACAGCACGCACAGCUUGCGAGGACAGUACAGCUUGCGAGGACAGCGCAGCUUGCGAGGACAGCACAGCUUGCGAAUACAGCACAGCUAGCGAGGACAGCACAGCCUGCGAGGACAGCACAGCUUGCGAGGACAGCACAGCUUGCGAGGACAGCACAGCACGCGAGGACGGCACAGCUCGCGAGGAUGGCACAGCUUACAAAGACGGCACAGCUUGCGAGGACAGCACAGCUAGCGAGGACAGCACAGCUUUCGAGGACAGCACAGGUUGCGGGGACAGCACAGGUUGCGAGGACAGCACAGGUUGCGAGGACAGCACAGCUUGUGUGGACAGCACGGCUUGCGAGGACAGCACGGCUUGCGAGGACAGCACAGCUUGCGAGGACAGCACAGCUUGCGAGGACAGCACAGCUUGCAAGGACAGCAUAGCUUGCGAAGACAGGACAGCUUGCGAGGACAGCACAGCUUGCGAGGACGGCUCAGCUUGCGAGGACGGCACAGCUUGCGAGGACGGCACAGCUUCUCAACAUAAGAGGGCAGCUCAACUUGAGAGGGCAGCUCAACUUGAGAGGGCAGCUCAACUUGAGAGGGCAGCUCAACUUGUGAGGACAGCUGAACUUGAGAGGGCAGCACAACUUGCGAGGACUGCACAACUUGCGAGAACAGCAAGGGUCACGAGGACAGCAAAGCUCGCGAGGACAGCACGGCUCGCGAGGACAGCACGGCUUGCGAGGACAGCACGGCUUGCGAGGACAGCACGGCUUGCGAGGACAGCACGGCUUGCGAGGACAGCACGGCUCGCGAGGACAGCACGGUAUGCGAGGACAGCACGGCUUGCAAGGACAGUACGGCUUGCGAGGACAGCACGGCUUGCGAGGACAGCACAGCUUGCGAAGACAGCACAGCUUGCGAGGACAGCACAGCUUGCGAGGACAGCUCAACUUGAGAGGACAGCUCAACUUGAGAGGACAGCUCAACUUGAGAGGACAGCUCAAUUUGAGAGGACUGCUCAACUUGAGAGGACAACUGAACUUGAGAGGACAGCUCAUCUAGAGAAGACAGCUCAUCUAGAGAAGACAGCUCAACUUGAGAGGACAGCUCAACUUGAGAGGACAGCACAACUUGAGAGGACAGCUCAACUAGAGAUGACAGCUCAACUAGAGAGGACAGCUCAACAUGAUAGGACAGCUCAACUUGAGAGGACAGCUCAAUUUGAGAGGACAGCUCAACUAGAGAGGAGAGCUCAACUUGAGAGGUCAGCUCAACUUGAGAGGACAGCUCAACUUGAGAGGACAGCUCAACUUGAGAGGACAGCUCAACUUGAGAGGACAGCUCAACUUGAGAGGACAGCUCAACUUGAGAGGACAGCACAACCUGAGAGGACAGCACAACUUGAGAGGACAGCUCAACUUGAGAGGGCAGCUCAACUUGAGAGGACUGCUCAACUUGAGAGGACAGCCCAACUUGAGAGGACAGCACUACUUGAGAGGAAAGCACAACAUGCGAGGACAGCAAAGCUUGCGAAGACAGCACGGCUGGCGAGGACAGCACGGCUUGCGAGGACAGCAAGUCUUGCGAUGACAGCACAGCUUGCGAGGACAGUACAGCUUGCGAGGACAGCGCAGCUUGCGAGGACAGCACAGCUUGCGAGGACAGCACAGCUAACGAGGACAGCACAGCUUAAGAGGACGGCACAGCUUUCGAGGACGGCACAGCUUACAAAGACGGCACAGCUUGCGAGGACAGCACAGCUUGCGAGGACAGCACAGCUUUCGAGGACAACACAGGUUGCGGGGACAGCACAGCUUGCGUGGACACCACAGUUUGCAAGGACAGCACAGUUUGCGAGGACAGCACAGCUUGCGAGGACAGCACGGCUUGCGAGGACAGCACAGCUUGCGAGGACAGCACAGCUUGCGAGGACAGGACAGCUUGCGAGGACAGCACAGCUUGCGAGGAUGGCUCAGCUUGCGAGGACGGCACAGCUUGCGAGGACGGCACAGCUUGCAAGGACAUCACAGCUUGCGAGGACAGCUCAACUUGAGAGGACAGCUCAACUUGAGAGGACAGCUCAACUUGAGAGGACAGCUCAACUUCAGAGGACAGCAAAACUUGAGAGGACUGCUCAACUUGAGAGGGCUGCUCAGCUUCAGAGGGCAGCUCAACUUGAGAGGGCAGCUCAACUUGAGAGGGCAGCUCAACUUGAGAGGGCAGCUCAACUUGAGUGUACAGCUCAACUUGAGAGGAAAUCUGAACUUGAGAGGACACCUCAACCUGAGAGGACAGCUCAACUUGAGAGGACAGCACAACUUACGAGGACAGGAAAGCUUACAAGGACAGGAAAGCUUGUGAGGACAGCAAAGCUUGUGAGGACAGCACGACUUGCGAGGACAGCAAGGCUUGCGUGGACAGCACGGCUUCCGAGGACAGCACGGCUUGCAAGGACAGCACGGCUUGUGAGGACAGCACACCUUGCGAGGACAGCACACCUUGCGAGGACAGCACGGCUUGCAAGGACAGCACGGCUUGCGAGGACAGCACAGCUUGCGAGGAGAGCACAGCUUGCGAGGACAGCACAGCUUGGGAGGACAGCACAGCUUUCGAGGACAGCACAGCUUGCGAUGACAGCACAACUUGCGAGGACAGCACGGCUUUCGAGGACAGCUCAACUUGAGAGGACAGGUCAACUUGAGAGGACAGCUUAUCUUGAGAGGACAGCUCAACAUGAGAGGACAGCUCAACUUGAGAGGACAGCUCAACUUGAGAGGACAGCUCAACUUGAGAGGACAGCUCAACUUGACAGGACAGCUUAA